UAACGUGUCCUAUAUAGUUUUGUACUUAUAAUAUAUUUCACAUUUGUAUAUAUCAUAAAGUUAAUGAAACUUUCUGUUUUUCCUUUUCAGCUGACAUUGUUACUAGGUUGUUCUUUAUUUAUAUAUGUAUUGCAAGGUCAGUUGGAGAUUUAAUGGAUGAAGCAAAUAGACUAUAUUCAGACCUUUUAAAUGAUUAUAACAAAAUGAUACGACCAAUAUAUGAUAUCAAGGAAAGUACCAAGGUGAAUUUGCGCUUCAGUUUGAUAUCUAUAAAAGAUUUUGAUGAAGUUACUGGGAAAUUUUCUGUAAUUGGAAUGUUAAACAUAAAUUGGCAGGAUAAUCGAAUGAUAUGGAACAAAACGGAAUAUGGAAAUAUACAUUCAAUGAUUUUUGGACAAAAUGAUGUCUGGAAACCUAAUUUAUUUCUUGGAAAUGCUUUCGAUGAUAUGUCUGCAAUUGGAGAAGAUUUUAUGACGGUUAGGUACUACAACAAUGGCACGGCAAUUUGGACACCAUUAGAUAUGACAGUUACGUCGUGUUCUAUUGACGUCACACAUUUCCCAUUUGACCAACAGACAUGCGCCACCCAUUUUGUACCAGUGGGGACAUUACAAGAAGAAAUUGUCAUGCACUCUGAAAUUGACCAUGCAAUUCUUACACUUUACAGUGAGCACGAAAUCUGGCAGCUAAAGAAGACAACUGCAAUGGUUUCAAAUGUUGAUGUGGGAUCGAUGUUUAGUGUAUUAUUCACCAUUAACAGAAACCCUUUAUUUUAUCUGGUAAACAUCAUGUUUCCAACUAUAUUGCUCACUUUUCUAAAUUCGUUCGUAUUUUUAUUACCGUCGACGUCAGGUGAAAGAAUUUCCUUCUCCAUAACAGUCUUAUUAGCUAUAGCUGUAUUCAUGACAAUGAUAUCAAGUCAUCUACCAAAAACAUCACGAACCAUGUCAAGAUUGUGUUAUUUUUUAAUCAGCAACCUUAUAUUUAGCUGCAUAAUUUGUCUUCUCACUAUCAUACAACUUCGGCUGUUCCAUACAUGCAACACGCGUUCAGUUCCGACGAUUCUCCGGCGAUUAGUUAUCAUGUGUAACUCACAGAAGCAUCGGGAAUACUUCCCAAACGGUCAAGAUAAAUUACAAAAUGGAGGUGACACCAGUGAUAAUGAGGCUACACGAACAGACAAUUCAUUUCAAGUAUCCUGGAUUGAUGUUUCGAAAUCUUUAGAUAUUUUCAUGUUGUUGUUGUCGUUGUGUAUUCAAAUGUUUAUGUUAGUUGCUUUGUUUGUCUCAAUUUUGCACUGAUACUCGUGUUGAAUAUGAUUUUGAUUUUUAAGGUAUAUAAAUAUUUUUAAACGAAGAUUCACUGGUAUGUUAUAUCCUCUCUAUUGAUGCGCA